GUGACACUUGAUACUGACCAGGACAUACAGAAACACCAUUAAGGAUACAGUACAGAACUCCACAUCUGACAACUUAAAUAACAAAAAUAAAGAAGAAUAUGCAAGAUCAUACCAGAAUGAGAGACAGUGAUACCAGGAACCACAUGUAUGUGAAUACACACAUCGGAGAAGACUGGAUCAGUCCCAGGAGGAAAAACAAAGCACCAAUAUCCAAGAAAGUGACCGCGGCUCUGGUUCUUCUUCUAAUCUUGUUCCUCAUUUUGGCAGCCAUCACAGGUGUCCUGUUAAAAAACUAUUUGGAAAUGGGGAAAGAGACAUCACAUCUGAGGAAUCCAGAUUUGGCAACGAGUGAAGAGAUGUCACGUCUGAAGAAUGAGAUUAUCUGCACACCGUGCCCUGAUGAUUGGAGUAUGAGUGGAUGCUCUUGUUACUUUGUCUCUGAGGAACUAACAUCCUGGAAUGAGGCUCGAGAUAAAUGCUAUGCAAUGAAGUCUGUUCUUGUAAUGAUAAAGGACAAGGCUGAAUCGGAUACUUUGGAUAAAUUAUAUCAGAUGAACAAGAGAUACUGGAUCGGGCUGACACGAGACCCAGAAAAUGCUACAAUCUGGAAGUGGCUGGAUGGGACCCAAAUCACCUUUAACAACUGGGGAGGAAAUAAUCCCGACAAUUACUUGAAUCGUGAGAACUGUGGAGAAACCAGACCUGGAUCUUGGAAUGAUCGAACUUGUACUGAUAAAACAAACUUUUAUAUUUGUAAAAGAUAAGAAAAUGCUGAGACCCUGCAGCUGUGUGAGGACCACUGGAGUUAAAGGGGUACUCCCACCCUAGACAUCUUAUCCCCUAUCCAAAGGAUAGGGGUUAAGAUGUCUGAUCGCGGGGGUCCUGCCGCUGGGGACCCCCGCAUUAUUGCAUGCGGCACCCACCUGUGU